UAUGCUGUUAUUUCUAUUGUACGGAUUAACUUGUGUCCGUCUGUCUUUUGCUGUGACCUGUUAUAAAUGUGAUUCUGUUGAUCAACCAGCACAUUGUUAUCAAACCGCAAACUGUCAGGCAGAUGAAAUAUGUAUGGUUUCACAGAAUCCAAAGUUGAAUGGAGACCUGUUCUUCAACCUAGGUUGUUUUGCAAAGUCGACUUGUCAGUACUUCAAUAUUGCCCACGGUGUUGGACGUCGUAUCUUAGUGAGUUCACCUACCUCAAUAACAAAGUGCUGUGAUUCGGAUAAUUGUAACACUCCUCCUACCACUCAACAGUUUAGGGUGUGUCAAGAUCACGUGAUUGACUGUAAUGACCAAUCAUUUCUGUCGGCUGUUUGUGGAAGACAGGAAGCUCAAAUUAAAGUUGAUUGGUUAAUGGAGUGGUUUAGUGAUGAAGAUAAUUUUUGA